AUGCCUCAAUCCGACAGCGAGUCCUACGCAUCGCAGCCCUCGCUCGAAAUCAAGGACCAGAGCUCCCAGAAGCAGUCCUGGCUCGGGUAUGUGUGGGACACGGCGGACUUGGGCCCGCAAGAGCGUUGGAUGAUGUUCAAGGUGGAUGGAUCGUUGCUGCUGUUAGCUUCGUUGGGCUACUUCGUCAAGAACCUUGAUCAAUCGAACAUUCAAAGCGCCUUCUUCGCUGGAAUGAAGGAAGACUUGAACAUGUAUGGCAACGAACUGGUGCAUGCGACGUCGUUUUGGACAGCGGGUUAUGUCAUAGGGCAAAUUCCCGCGACUCUUCUCCUCACACGAGUCUCGCCUCGCUAUGUAAUACCAACCCUGGAGCUGUUGUGGGGCCUCAUGACGCUCGCCACAUAUUCGGUCAAGUCGACGAAGAUGCUAUAUGCUCUUCGCUUCCUUGUUGGCCUAUUUGAGUCCGGUUUCUAUCCCGGGAUGAACUAUAUCCUUGGAUCGUGGUACACUCCUCGCGAGCUCGGCAAGCGAAUGUCGCUCUUCUACGCAUCGGGGAAUAUGGGGAUGAUGUUCUCCGGCUUCUUGCAGACGGCUGCAUACAAGCAUCUGAACGGAGUCCAUGGCUUAGCGGGCUGGAGAUGGCUUAUGAUCAUCGACGCUAUAAUAACCUUACCCAUUGCCCUGCUCGGAUUUUACCUAUUGCCCAAUCUGCCGUGGUCGCCAAACCCCUCACCACUACUUAGCUCUCAGGAAGUGGAGAUGGCCUGUUUACGUAUGAAGGCUGUCGGUCGUAAGGAACGAGAAUCGUGGUCCUCUGCCAAGUUUGGCCGCAUCUUCAAGAAUUGGAAAAUUUAUGUGCUCCCCUUCUUGUUUACACUGGCUUUCAACGCUCCCGUGCAAAACCCCGUGCAAUACUGGAUGAAGAGCUUCAAUGCAAAACCCCAUCCGGUACCCGGGAGGACCUGGACUGUUUCGCAGAUCCAACUGUAUCCACUGCCCGGCACCGCCAUCUUCGUCACUUCAGCCAUCGUUUUUGCUUGUGUCAGCGACGGUCCCUUCAAAGGUCUUCGGUGGCCAUUCCUUGCAUUUACUGCGCUAUAUGGCAUCAUGAUGGAUACAGUGUGGCUCACAAUGCCGCUCUACGAGAACAUCCGCGGACAUUUCUUGUAUUUCUGGUUCGCCGGCGUUCCAUCCGCUACAGGGGCCCUCAACCAUGCAUGGACCAGCGAGAUAUGCGGGGACGACAACGAGUUGCGCGCGAUUGUGGUCGCGCUCGGAAACGACCUGGCCUAUGUUAUCACCGCUAUCGCGCCAAACUUUGUUUGGAAAACACUUGAUUUUCCCCGGGCGACACGCGGGUAUCACUACUCCAUCAUCCUCCACUGCCUUUCGCUGGCUUGUAUAUCACUCGUGCUCUGCUUGCUCUGGCGAGACCGACAAAGGAAGGCUGGGGAAAUUUAUGGAGAUACUGACUCGAGCGUGGCUGACAUUCCAGAGAAGAAGGUUCAAGUCGUCGAGAACGUCGAUGAAUCGACAGUCACCGCCUGA